AUGUCUAAGUGUCUAGAAUUUCCUUUGUUUCUACGAUGCUUUAGUCACCCAAUUUCGUCUCAUGAUCGCGCUUUAAUACGCAAACAAACAACACAAAAAAUUAGCACGAAUAAAGAAGAGAAAAGAUUUCAAGAGGAUAUUCGAUGUAUGUUCACAUACGAUGUGUGCCAAUGUAAUGUGACUAUGAUUGCACAAAAGGGAAGGAGAAAUGAAAAGCAAAGAAAAGUCAAGAACGUCACGAAUAGAGCAGAUAAGGAAGCAGAAGAAAAGAAAUUCAGCAAGAAAAAUAACAUCAACAACAUUCUUCUUAGUCAGGGAAGUGAGCGGAUUACAAUUCUAAGACAACCUCAAGCUGCUUCCAUAAAUCUUGGAAAUUCACUUGUUGAAGGAAUUUAUGUAAAUUAA